UUCUUCUUUUCACUUUUGUCUUUCUUGUCCUUGGAAGCAAAGAGCCUAAGAGGAAACGAAGAAUCGGAGAAGAGAAAAGCCGAGAAGCAAAGCGCUAAAAGCAGUAAAAAAAAUGGCGGAUUACCAUUUCGUUUACAAAGAUGUAGAAGGAGCUUCGACUCAAUGGGAUGAUAUUCAAAGAAAGCUUGGGAAUUUACCGCCAAAGCCACCAGCUUUCAAGCCUGAUCCUUUUGAACCCGCACCUGAUCUGGAUUCAACACCGAAAGAUAAGUCCUGGGUCGACGAAAAGACUGAAGAAGAACUUGAAGACCUCGAAGAUGAUCUCAAUGAUGAUCGAUUCCUUGAAGAAUACAGAAAGAAGAGGCUGGCUGAGAUGAGGGAAGCUGCUAAGAUUUCAAGGUAUGGAUCAGUGACACCGAUUUCAGGAUCCGAUUUCGUGAAGGAGGUUUCACAAGCUCCUCAGGAUGUCUGGGUUGUUGUCAUUCUCUAUAAAGAAGGAUUUCCAGAGUGUGGGCUGCUUUUGCAAUGUUUGGAAGAACUGGCUGUUAAAUACCCAGCGACAAAGUUUGUCAAGAUAAUAUCUACUGAUUGCAUUCCUAACUACCCAGAUCGUAAUCUUCCCACUCUCUUGGUGUAUAAAAAUGGAGCAGUAAAAGCAAAUUAUGUGGGCUUGCAUACUUUUGGCCGGAGAUGCACACCUGAAGGUGUGGCCUUAGUUCUCUGUCAAUCAGAUCCCGUACUAAAUGAUGGUCAAAGUGGGAGCGAUCCGUCACAAAAGGCUGUUCUUGAAGGUGUUCGAAGGAGGUUUAUAGAGAAAGUUGUUGCUGAGCAUGAAGAUCAUGAUGAUGAUGGAUCAAGUGAUUAGAAAUUUGGUGAAUUCAUUUAGUUUCUUUUGAUUAGUGAAAGAGUACUGUUGAUUGACAGACCGUUGUAAUUUCACCGGUUUCUUUGAUGCUUUUUCUUCUUCUUUUUGAAGUUUCUUUGCUGAUUUUGAAGUUUUUCUAUGCAUUAUAAUUCUGUAAUCUAGUUAUUUUCAUGGAAAAGGAUCAGAAGUACAAUGUUUAAUUCCCUUUGAAUACAGCUUGAAUAGGACAAAGCCUGCAAGAAAUGGCAGCCCCAUUAACACAAGAUGAGGAAAGAAGCAAUUUUACAAUAGA